AUGCAGGAGGGUCACGUCCGACCUUUGUCCGACGAUGGCACCUUGACCCCGGAGCAUUCCUUGUCCCAGUGGGCAGAUUAUAUCGAGGAGGCCUGCAACAUCUUCGGACGUCCCUUUGCAGAUGUGCCAGGCCUCGUGGAAGUCAUGAAGGAGGUGGGCUUCGUCGACGUCACGUACAGCACCUUCAAAUGGCCCAUCAACACCUGGCCCAAGGACCCGCAUUACCGGACCCUUGGCCAGUUUAACCACGAGAAUUACAUGGAUGGAAUCGAGGGUUUCACGCUCGCGCCCUUCACCCGAGCUCUCGAGUGGACCCGGGAAGAGGUUGAUGUCUUCCUCAUCGGUGUUCGCAACGAUCUGAGGAACAGGCAUAUCCACGCGUAUAUUCCCAUUCAGUUGGUGCAUGGACGCAAGCCUGAGGCGGUGCCGGAGACGGACUGA